AUGACAACGUACCAAGAGUUCGCCAAAGAAUGGCGCUUCCUCGAGUACAUGGACAUCAAAAACUUCAGCUCGUCUCUACCUCUGAGGACAUUCGUUACGCACUUGGCCUUGGACGAGCGCCCGAUGACCAAAGAAGGCAAGUACAUCUACCUUACUCGCAAUCCAUGGGAUAUCUGCGUCUCCUUCUACCACAUGAUGACCAACGUGAGCCUCUUCGGAUUCCAAAACGGAAAGUUCGAAGAUUUCGUCGAUGCUUUCAUAAGUGGCCACUUGGGCUACGGCGACUACUUCGAACACGUAGCAGCGGGCUACGCAUUGAGGAAGCAGCCGAAUGUGCUCUUCGUGACUUACGAGGAGCUCAAGAAGAACACCCGCGAGGUGGUGCUGAGGGUGGCGUACUUCCUCGGUGAGCAGUAUGGUCGUUCUCUGGAGCAGGACGAUGCGUUACUUCACAAACUGCUGGAGAGAUCGCAGCCCGGUUACAUGCGCGACGUGGUGGUUGUUGACUUGACCGGUAAAGAUAACCCGCAAUGGAACGAGGUACUUUCGCGCGCGAAGGUCACCUGCAUCGAAGGCCACGAAGGGGACGAGAAUAAGUACGCGUACGUGAGAACUGGCAAAGUCGGAGGUUGGAAGGAUUACUUCACACCCGAUCUGCUCCGGAAGAUGGAGAGUCGGAUUCUGGAAGCCGAGAAGGAGUCAUCCUUCAUGGACCUCUGGAAGGACAUCAGGGCUGAAGCGAUUAUGCGCAUGCAGGAUACCGAAUAA